GUGGCAAGCGAUAGCACCGAGCUCCAACUAGAGACCUCGGAGAAGCAUGAGAUUUCCAUUCCAAGCAAGGGUGGCAACAUCAUGGUGACCGCCGACACCAUUUAUGGUGCCAUGCGCGCUCUUGAAACUAUUUCACAGCUCAUCCAGUUUGACUAUGAUACCAACAAUUACUUUAUUGCCAAUGCUCCUUGGGCCAUCACCGACUUUCCGCGCUUUGCUCACCGCGAGAUUCUCGUGGACACGGCUCGUCACUACCAAUCAGUCAUGGCCAUCAAGUCAAUGAUUGACUCAAUGACCUAUGCCAAGGUCAAUGUGGUCCACUGGCACAUUGUGGACACACAGUCAUUCCCCUUUAUGAGCCCCACCUAUCCCGAGCUGGGCUCCAAGGGUGCUUAUAGCAAGACGGAGCGUUUUUCUCCUGCCGAUGUGGCAGAGGUUGUUGAGUACGCGCGCCAACGCGGUGUUCGUGUCAUGGUUGAAAUCGACACACCGGGCCACGCUGCGUCCUGGUGCAACGGACACCCUGAGAUUUGCCCAUCACCGGACUGCCCACAGCCCCUCAAUCCGGCCACCAACAAGACCUUUGAUGUCCUCUCUGGCCUUUUCAAAGACGUGACGGGCGGCGAGCGCGGUGCUGGUCUUUUCCCAGAUAACGUCAUGCAUUUGGGUGGUGAUGAAGUCAACACCGACUGCUGGGCAAGCAAUGCGGACAUCAGCAAGUGGUUGUCUGACCAAGGCUUGACACUGGAUGGUGGCUACGCUUACUUUGUCAAGCGUGCGCAGGCCAUUGCCCAUGGUUACGGCCGUGAUGUGGUUGGUUGGGAGGAGAUCUGGGACCAUUUUGGCACCCAACUCGACAAGUCGACCAUCAUCCACCAAUGGUUAGGAGCACGGCAUGCAUCGCUCAACCUGCUGCGUCCUGCAGGAGCGCUCACUGCCGGUAUUGGGUACCUGGAUGGUCUCGACGUUACAUGGCAGACCAUGUAUGAGCAAGAACCUUGCACCGGUAUGACCGAUGACCAAUGUGCCUUGGUCCUGGGUGGUGGCGGUGAAAUGUGGGGCGAGACGGUGGAUUUCAGUGACUGGCACCAAACCGUGUGGCCGCGCAUGGCCGCUGUGGCUGAGCGCCUGUGGAGCCCCCGCGAGCUCACCAACGCCGAUGAUGCCAGCACCCGUCUCGUGGCUUAUCGCUGCCUCCUCAACCACCGCGCCAUUGCGGCAGCUCCCAGCACCAACUCGGGCGCACGUACAGCUCCCAGCGGUCCUGGCUCCUGCUACGACCAGUAAACCUGCCGUGGGUCACGCUCCCCAGCAGCAAGGGGCGCGGGUGAACGAAUGCCAUGAUGCACACUUGAGUGCGGCCAAUUCUUCCCCGCGACAGUCGGUUAUGCGUCUGCACUGCUCGCUGCCGGUGUGUUUGCUUCGCUACCAAGCGCUCCAGCCGGGUGGCAUCGCCUUUUGUGUUGUCCCUGCUCUCGGCUGGUGUUUUGAUAAAUUGAUGUUGAUGUCA